GUGGUGGGGUCGUGCCCUCAACCGGGAAUGAGGGGGAGAUCCCUCACUCCGCAGGCCCGGCUGGCACAGGCAGCGCGAACGAGGAAUCAAGUCGAGGCCAGUACCAGCCAAGAGCCUCCAAGGGGGGAACACGAACCAGGGAGAAGGAAAGAGGUUGUGGAAGUAGAGGACGACGAUGAUGAAGAGGAAGAGGACGAGAGGCUGCACAGAGAAGAGGAUCAGAGAGCGGAGCAGUGGGCAAGGAAAAUGGGAACCAGGGGAGAGGCCAAACCGGUCAUACAUGGCGGACCGCCCAAAAAGAAGAAAUAUGCGGUCCGGUUGGAAGAGGGAUUUGAUGUAGAAAAGGUGAUUGACCGGCUGCUGGAAGGGCAUAAUGACCUCAUGAUCCUGAAGGAAAUCCUAGCGUCAGCCCCGCGACUCCGCGAUAGACUGAAGGGGAGGUUAUCACGGCCCCUGGUGUCUAAUGUCCAUCUGGGUACGAUCCUGCCCAAGGAGGCAGAGUGGGCAGAGUCAGGUACGAAGAUGGACUGGAAGUGCGUAGCCUGUGGUACGGUGGAUUUGAUGGUGAAGGGUUCCAAGUGCGUAGCAAUGGUGGACACCGGGGCAGAGAUGAACAUUAUUCGGGAGGCGGACGGGAUCAGAUUCGGGCUGGAUAUAAGCCGUUCUGACUGCGGUAUUCUGCAUGGAGCCAGCUGUAAGGCAAUGUUUUACGGGACAGCCUCGAAUGUGCUCGUCGAGGUUGGAAAGGUGAAGGCCGGGGCAUGUUUCUUCAUAAUGCCAGACGUGGACCAUGGAAUCCUCCUGGGGAGGUCAUUCCUAAGCAGGACAGAGACCGUGAUGUUCAACAAACAUGAUGGGACGUUGAUCCUCCUCUUAUGCGAUCCUGCCUGCGGAAAUUAUGAAAUAAUUACUUGCAGGAAUACCGGGCCAAGGAGUAUAAGGAACCGACCCAAUCCAGGAUCAUUCACAAUCGAGGAGUCGGAAGGGGAGCGCAGGAGGCUCUGGGCAGAGCCCGAAGCAGGAGAGAGGGUGAAAAUAUUUUUCCUCAGCCUGUCAGAUGUUGGGAAGGCCAUGGACCUGGUGGCCGCGCAUGAGAUGGCGGAUCCGGAUGCCAUCCAGGCCUUGAGGGAACAAGUUCUGGAAUGCCCUGAGGUAGGAAGGUUGGAACUGGUAUAUCGGCUCCCAGGCAGUAAAGGGAACCCCUCAUCAGCGCAAACACAAUCCGAAAGCCUAGAAAAGUCAGGCUCGUUGAACCCGACAGGGAAUGUGGACGAAAUACCCGAGAGUCAGGACGACGAGUUCGAGGAAGGGGAAAUUAAGGAAGCUUUUCGUGCAGAGGAGUACGACGGGAUCUACCUAAAGCUGGGGCUUCUUCUGUCAUGUGAAAUGCGGCUAAGAGAUGCGAGUGAUAGGGCUCAAAGGAUGCUGCAGCGCUACUUAGUGCGAGACGGUUACCUUUUCGUAAGAAGGGAAGUGGGGAAUCCCAGGAGAGUCGUCUGCGGUAGGAAUCGUCAGAUCGACGUCGUAGCAGUGCUUCACAAUGGUAUUGCAGGAGGACAUCGAGGGGUACAAGCCACGUAUGCCAAGAUAAGUGAGCUGUACUACUGGGAUGGGAUGAUGGAUAUGGUCGGAAAGUUCUGGCGAUCUUGCGUACCUUGCCAGGAAAGAUCCCAUUUAAAGCAAGGAGAGCCGCUGCAUCCCAGGCUAGAGCGAGAGGUGGGGGCUGUAGUGCAUCUCCAUCUACUUUUUAUGCCACUUGGGGAUCAAGGCUAUAACUAUAUCUUCGAUGCGCGCGAUAACCUGUCUGGGUUCGUAGACGGGCGUGCUAUUCGCACAAAGACCGGGUCAGUCCUGGUGAGCUGCAUCGAGGAGUACUACCUGCGUUAUCCUUUCGUCAGGGAAUUCGUAAUAGACAGGGGAUCAGAGUUUACCUGCCAGGAGGUGCAAGAACUGUUAUCAAGGUCUGACUUUACGAAGACAGCCAUGCCAAGAGGAGGGAAGGGGACACGGCUGCCUCAGAGGCCGUUGGGCGCAUCAGGAGGAUAUGAGCGGCAUGGGCCUCGCCAUCGAGAGAGUACUCCAGUCUAUAAUGAUGGGGACAUCGAGCUAUUCCUGCCGAUCCGCCUGGAGAUUGGAAAUGCGUCGGACUUCAUCCCCGCGUUUGAGUGGUUCAUGCAAGAGCAGGGCAUACAGAGAGAUGAUUGGAUGCAGACACUACCACUCUGGACCAGGAAGGCGGAAAGGUCACUGGUUAUGCAGAUCAGAGACAUGGCACGAGAUUGGGAGAGCUGCAGGGCACAUUUGAGAGAGGCCUUUCGACGGCUAGAGCUCCCUCAGCCCAGAGUCGAGAGGCGGCAGAGGAGUCAGAGGCUGAGGGACCCUGAGCCCAGGGAGGCGAGACCAUCUCGAGGAGAACGGAAGGCCCUAGCCAGGAGAGAGCAGGAGCCAGAGGAUAAGGAGCGAGGGGCAUACCCUGAGUGUGGGUCGGGGCCAGUGGAGUUCCAUUGUUUUACUGAGGGUGGAUUGAGCAGGUCGCCAGCACACACCCAGGGGGAGCCACCAGCGUCAGAGGGGCCCUUGAGGGAAUUGGAGAUGCAUUUAGAUAUUUCUCGGUGGAGGGCGUCACUUCAGGGUGAGGGGCAUGGAGAGCAGGCAGAGGAGGUGUCACGAGAGGAGGUGCCACGGGAGGAGGUGCCACAGGGGGAGAUACCACAAGAGGAGAUGCCACGGGAGGAGGUACCAUAGGAAGAGGUCCGGGGUACUCAGCGAGAGAGAGGGCUGGGCAAUGAGGGGAGACGUGCAGGGAAGGAAGUGAUAGAGGUUAGAGAGGACACGCCCCCACAGACGCCAGCAGUGGGUUUGAGA